CCAAUGAUGAGUCUAUUAACAAGGCGGUGGGGUUAUAGGUUCAGAUUCUGCCAGCAGAAAACCUAGCUCCGCACUGCCAGUUUUGUCUUGAACGAUUUCAUUUUCAAGUUUUUGUCAUCACAUUACUUCAUUACUUCUAUGUGCUCGGGGCUACAAAAGAUCUUGCUUUACUAAUUCUCUCCAGAACCCAAUCUCUCGUGUUCACUGCAAUUUAGAAUGUUUCGCAGCUGCAUUACGCAAACAGCCUCUGCUGCGGGGCGCUCUGCGACCGCCGCGCAGUUCGUUUCGUCAGCAACCAGAAGUUUCGCUACAGUAGCACCAACAUCGCCUGUGACAUCUGCUUCUAGGGAUCACAAAAUUGUCAUCGUCGGAGGUGGUACCGCUGGUCUAGCUAUCAGCCACCAGCUUUUACGAUCAGGCAAAUUUGUGCAAGAUGAUAUUGCUGUCGUUGACCCCGCGACAUUACAUCACUAUCAGCCUGGCUGGACUUUGGUCGGUGGUGGUUUGAAAACGAAACAGGAGCUACAAAGACCUCUCAACAGUUUAAUUGAUCCAAAAUUCAAGUUUUACAAUGAAACCGUUGAUACUUUCCAGCCGGAAUCGAAUCUAGUCACCCUUGGAAACGGCGACAAGAUCGGAUACGAGCAGUUGAUCGUCGCACCGGGUAUUAAUAUCGAUUACGAGAGCAUUAAAGGCCUACCUGAAGCAUUAGCUGAUCCAGAUUCUUUGGUUUCAACUAUUUAUGGCUAUGAUACGUGUGACAAGGUGUUUCGUACCGUUGAGAAGCUGAGAAAAGGAACUGCCAUAUUCACCCAACCGGCCGGGCUUAUAAAAUGCGCAGGUGCUCCACAAAAGGUCAUGUGGCUUGCAUUGGACCACUGGAAAAAGGCUGGUCUCUACAAUGCUACCGGUAAUUCCGACAUCAAUAUUGGAUUUGCAACCGGAAUUCCUGCCAUGUUUGGUGUACCCAAAUACAGCGCCAAGCUUGAGGAGCUGCGAAAGGAAAGAGGUGUGGAAGGGUUUUUUCAACACGAUCUAACUGCCAUCAAUGGUAAUACUGCAACAUUCGCACUUCCAGAUGGCAAACAGGUCACAAAGAAAUUUGAUCUAUUACACGCCGUUCCAAAGAUGGGACCUUAUGCAUUCGUCAAGAACAGCCCCCUUGCUAAUGAGGCCGGUCUUGUUGAUGUUGAUGCUGCUACUACUCGCCAUACUAAAUACCCCAAUAUCUGGUCCGCCGGUGAUGCUUCGAGCCUCCCAACUGCUAAGACGGCGGCAGCUAUCACCUCGCAAGCUCCUGUCUUGGUACGCAACUUGCUGCAAUCCGUAGAAGGAAAGAGCCUCGACGCAACAUAUGAUGGAUAUACGUCAUGCCCGUUGUUAACCGAAUAUGGUAAAGUUCUCCUCGCCGAAUUUAAAUAUGGCGGUGAACCUAAGGAGACCUUCAAUAAAAUCGGAAUUGAUCAGGCCACUCCACAGCGUGCAUUCUACCACCUGAAGAAAGACUUCUUCCCCUGGGUGUAUUAUAAUUCUAUGGUGAAAGGUACCUGGGGUGGUCCCAAGGGUUGGAUUCAAUAAAGAUAGGUGUUGAAGAUAGAACUUGUUACAAUAGUUGUUAGAUCAAAACUAGAUUUCUGUGCAUACCCGCUUUUUACCUCUGCAUAAAUAUGAC